AUGGAAUGCGUGAAACACCAUGGCGAGAUGCUGCGCCGCGCACUUGAGUUGGUUGAUGUCGAAGAUGUUGGGGGUGUUGUGUUGUCACUUGAGGACGACGUAAUUGGACGACUUCUUGUGUUCCGAUCGAUGUCUUCUGUCAUCGAGGUGACACUCCCAAACAACACCGUGACGGUGACGCGGCCUACAGAGACACUGCGGCGUCUUCCGCAGUUAAGUCAUGUUGCGUUGUGUGGUAGUGAGAGUGCGUUGUGCCUUGCUUGCUUCCUCGAAAAGAUGACAAUUCCACCCGUCGAUCACUUCAUCAGACAGAGCAACUUGAGCACUGCAUAUGUUGCCUAUCACCAACCAACAGGGGGUUUCCAGACAAAGCGCGAGAAGAGGAAGGGCGUGAAACCCAUGGUAACCAAAGUGCCUCCACAAAAUGUCGACUACCCGCGCGAAGUGAACACACCAAAGUGCUUUCCACUGCCGCCAGAGUUCCGCGUCUUUCCACAGGUGGUCUACACACCAAAACGAAUUCGUCUGCAUGGAAUACAUCGACAGCACAAUGUCCACAUCGAUGAGGGAAUGGAGUUUGUGCACAGCCCCAUUGAGGACAACUGCGUUUAUGUCACCGAAUAUACAAUAUAUAACAUGUUCCAAAAGUGUUUGAAAGGAGCAAGUAAGGAGACUGUUGGAAGGCUUGUUGUGAGAGAUGGGAGGUUGUGUGACUACGAGUAUUAUGGCGGUGAUGUCAACAAUUGUGUUGAUGACACUGCGUCUGCUUUCCGCACACUGCAAGUUGUAGUGGAUGGAAUUGAAAGUGGAAAGGUGACAAUUCCAAACAGCACAGAAGACCCACGAGAAGGCAGUCUUGUCGACCAACUGAUAGGUGCGUACUAUGUUGCACCACUUCCGUUUUUGCAGACUGUGCAAACAAGUCAGACAUCAAUUGGACUUGAGACGCCACUUGUUGUGGUUGGUGGGGUGAGAGAGUUCAAGAACACAGCAAACACACACCUUCUGAUGGAGGCACCAUGGGAGAAUUUGACAAGGUGGGAAAACGACACACUUGCCCCUUUCUCUUCUGAGAAGAAUGUUGAGUGCAUCUUUGUAGCAUCAUCAGACAUUUCAAGUGAGUAUAUGGAGGUACUACUGAAAGAGGUUGAGUACGAAUACAUGGCGUGGUAUCUUGGAGACAUCAAUGUGAUCAACGGCGGUGUUGUGAAUGAUGUGUUUGACGUCUCUGAGGUGUCGAGUUGUGUUGAGAAGGCGCUAAUUGAUGUGAGGGAUGUGUCAUCGACGUAUGUGGUAGUUGUGCAUGAUGUUGUAAUUGGAGUGUUGGAAGGGUAUUGCAAGUCACUUGUUGUUCGCAGCGCGAUGCUGUCAGACAGCAAGUUGAGUGACAUUGGCGAGCGUGUUGUCUACAUGAGCAAGAAAUGUGUUGACAGAGAGGUGGAAAGGACAAGCCAACGGUUGGGCUGCUACAUGUACAACGCGACAAGGACAUUCCACCCGUCGCAGUAUCCACACUCAGCAUCGCAGGCACUUCCUGAGUUUGAUGUGAGUGGAGUGCUUUUGAACGAGCCACUGUUUGUGAUAUCGCCGAAGAAAGUCUACAUCCACAAAAUCUAUGUUGCGUACAAGGAACGGAAAGGUGGGGUGGUGAGUGUGAUGGUUUCUUUCACUGGGGAGUUGUUAGAGAGCGGAGUUGAUGGGACGUUGGAGGAGAUGAUAGAUCGGUGGUUGUGUUUCAUUCAACAGACAACACAAAAGGAGUGGGAGGUGACGUUCUGCAAGGUUGGAGAGAUUGGGAGCAGCGAGUUGGGGAAGAUGAAUGGGUAUCUCGACGACAUUCGGAAAAACUUCAAAGGUGUUGUGAAAAGUGUGUUUCUGAGUGACAUCGAAGUCUAUCCAUCGAUGGUUAUGUCCGAAGAGGAGUACGAGCUGCUUGACGGGAAGAAGUCCUUCUACAAAGUCGACGACCAGCGAACAGCAACCCGUGAGAUGAAAGGAGAAAACCGUGCAACAUAUUACAGUCUGCUCCCAGGCUGUGGCGAUGUUGGUUGCAAGGUCGGCGGAUACACAGUCAACCUGUACGACCCAGACAACACAGAACUCCACAGGAUGAUGCAGCAAUACCACGACCUGUCCUUCCUCAACAGCGACCCAGUCGAUGGUCGGCGAUGGUCAAUACUACCCCGCCACGUCCACAUUCUCCAAAAGAUCGACCUGAGAAUGGACAUCGUCGAUUUGUGUGAUUGA